UUUUGUAGCGAAAGUCUGUGAUUGCUAUGAGCUUCAUCGCAGCGUUCCUGUUCCUGCUGGUUGUGCGCCUUGUAAGUGAAGUGAAUUUCCCGCUGCUGCUCAGCUGCUUUGGACAGCCUGGUACAAAGUGGAUGCCAUUCUCUUACGCAUACAGGCGACCCCUUCGAACUCACUAUGGAUACGUAAAUGUGAGGACGCAAGAGCCUUUGCAACUGGACUGUGACCUUUGCGCCAUAGUGUCGAACUCCGGCCAGAUGACUGGCCAGAAGGUAGGAAAUGAGAUAGACCGGUCCUCUUGCAUUUGGAGAAUGAACAACGCCCCCACCAAGGGUUACGAAGAAGAUGUUGGCCGCAUGACGAUGAUUCGCGUUGUGUCCCACACCAGCGUUCCUCUUCUGCUGAAAAACCCUGAUUAUUUUUUCAAAGAAGCAAACGCGACUAUUUAUGUGAUUUGGGGCCCUUUCCGCAAUAUGAGAAAAGAUGGGAAUGGCAUCGUUUACAACAUGUUGCAAAAGGCGGUCGACGUCUACCCGAAAGCCCAAAUUUAUGUGACCACAGAGAAGCGCAUGAGUUACUGUGAUGGGGUUUUCAAGAAGGAAACUGGGAAAGACAGAGUCCAGUCUGGCUCUUAUCUCAGCACGGGGUGGUUCACCUUCAUUUUGGCCAUGGAUGCCUGCUAUAGCAUUCACGUCUACGGGAUGAUAAAUGACACCUACUGCAAGACAGAAGGAUACAGAAAAGUCCCCUACCAUUACUACGAGCAAGGAAGAGAUGAAUGUGAUGAAUAUUUUCUUCAUGAACAUGCCCCGUAUGGGGGGCAUAGGUUUAUCACUGAAAAGAAAGUGUUUGCUAAAUGGGCCAAGAAACACAGGAUAAUAUUUACACACCCAAACUGGACAGUGUCUUGAUGUUGGCUUCUCUGAUCGUGCCACGUCACUUGCUGUGAUCAUGGUACUCCAACUGUGACGCCGAAGAUGCCAGCGAUGGGAUGGUGAUGACAAGGACAGCAACGGUCACAUUCCUGUACCGUCUCAGACAUGGAUGAAUGAUAACUCUGCUCGGAAUUUAAACUCGGGGUCUUGUAGAGGGUGGUAGUGCUCAUUAUGUUCUUUCUGGAGGUUCAACACACAUCCUGCACUUUAUAAUUUAACUGGAAUUGAAAUGAAGGCCAGUGACGUGACAACUGUGACCUAAGAAAUGGGAAGAUUAUCCUUCAAGGUAGCUGCCCAGAGUUGUUCUGCAGUAAGUUCCAGAAGCCGUGAGAUCUGGCCUCAUGAGGCAAUGUCAUUGACUCCAUGGCUUCUUGAAUCUGAGCAGCUCUACCAUCUUGAAGAGCGGUUGAUUGUCAAACACUGACCCAAGACAUGCUACCAGGGUACAAGUAUCUUACCAGUUAGCCUGGGAAGGGGAAGGUAUCUUAUGCUGAUGUACCCUCUCCCUACAGUACUUUUCACAGUUAGAGCCUCAGGCCAUUACCUAGUUAACAGUGAAGAUAUCAUGGACAUCCUGUACCUCAGGAUUGCUUGACUGUCUCCAACACUUAAUUCAAAAUGGGCCAAGUAGCAAAUCUUGAUGAAUUGUCACCUUCCAUUCAUCCUACCCAAAACAAUAUAACUAAACAUGUUAUUAGAAUACUCGAUAUUAAUGUUCAGUUAUUUUUGGUUGAGUCCUAAAUAUGUCAGAAGGCUAUUUAACAUGUAAGAUACCAACUUCAACACUGUAAUAACACAUACUGUGAAAACAUUCCUAAAAUAUAACCAAAGGGUUUACUAACUCUGCUUCAACUCCCACAACGCAAAAUUAUAUGCUUUUUAAAAUCAUGAAACAGGGAAAGCAAAGCAUAUUUUUACAUCAAUUUGUAUCCUAUCAUACUUCAUAAUAUAUAUUUGUAUAUUCAAAUUUCUAUUUUAUAGGCCCAAGAUGUGUCUCUCCAUACAUUGUAUCCUCAUUGCCAAGUGCCAACUGUUACACAUAAGAACCAAUUCCUUGCAUUAAAUCUGACCAGAGCUUUUGCCUUCUAGGGGUUUAUUUUCCCCAGAGUGUAUAGGUUUUUAUACCAUAAUAGCAAAAAUAAUGCCCUUAGUGUCCAACGUGCUUUGUCAUUUAGAGUCCUUUCACGUAUGCAGUACCAUGUGACCAUGUGACAUCGGUGAGCACCUCAUUGGGCUAGUGCCUGUGUAUUCUGUCACCUCCUUAACAGAUUAUCUAUAACUUGUUAAUUGUUAUGAUAUAUCCUGGAUUGCUCUCCUUGCUAAUAUUUGCAUAGAAUAGCAUAUAUGUAGACUAGUAACCAUUGAUUUCAGUGCCAAAUACAAUAUAUUAUAUCAGGAUUAUGCAAAAAGUAUCACAAAGGAUGGUCUUAGCUGUAUGCUAGGACCCCUGUGUACUUAAGUAGUUUUGAGGGUUUUUUAAUGGCUCUGUGUAGGUGGGGGGAAAUGAAGAAGCAGGGACCACACAAAGGCACGAAAGCUGAGAAUAUAAGUUUCCUGCCCCAAGUCUGAGACAAUUCUGUUUUCUGUAUACUCAUUGUUCAAUAAAUAUUAGAGGGUUGAUUUGCCAAGAGAGUAGCUGAGAUUUCAAAAACAUCCUGGCAAAAUGAUUCAACAGACAAAAGCCAGGCUCUGCUUGCAGAGUGUUUUAACGCUGGAAGUAGUGAUGCAUUUCCCUUUGGAAGCACUUUGUAGGUCUUUACCAGUGCUAAGCAUUAUGAUAAUCAUUAAAAUGUGCCCUUUGGGGUAAAAGCCUCUUUUCUGCUCUCUUCGGCCAUUGCAAUACCCCAAUACUCCCAUUCAUAAAAACUGUCAAGCCCUAGUUCUGUGGUCGGAAAGAGUUGUUGCUCUUAUAUUUCCUUAUGCAAUUUUCAGUUCUAUGAAUAUGAGUCUAGUUUAGUUUAGUUUUGUUUAGCUAAUGAUGGAUAGAAAUGGCCACUCAAAGAAAAAUAAACAAAUACAAAUGUUGAAAUUGUAAUACAGGCUGUCUUUUCCCCUGUUGUGAUACAGAAGUUCUGCUUUUAAAUAAAAAGAAAUUCUUGGUGAAUUAGAAUGCUUCGGAAGAUGGUGUAUAACCUUAAUGAUUUAGUUUUCUAAUAAAUGAAAGACCAGC